CCUACUUCGACUCAACGAACGCACACUGCACACACCAUCAUACUCCGGGGCUUGUGGCCUUGUCCGACUAACACUUAUUAUCUCAAAUAAUCUUCCUAUAAAUUCACAUAUGAUAACAUCCAAUUUCCAAUACCGAAAUGGAGACGACCAGCACUAAAGUCGGCGUAUGGCAGAGACAUGUUGCAGUGCUUGCAUUUCCUUUCGCUUCACACCCUCCGGUCCUUCUAAGCCUAGUCCAGAAACUAGCCUCUGCCGCCCCAACGGUGGUUUUCUCCUUCUUUAACACCGGAAAAUCUAACCGGGCAUUGUUCUCUGAGCUCAGUUGUGACAACAUACGGCCGUAUGAUGUGUCCGACGGCAUACCAGAGGAUUAUGUUUUUGCGGGGAAGCCUCAAGAGGAGAUUAACUUGUUUCUGGCGGUGGCAGAGGAGGAGUUUAGGAGGGGUGUGAAAGUGGCGGAGGAGGAUAUUGGACUGAGAAUCAGCUGCCUGGUGGUGAGUGCUUUUAUUUGGUUUUCCAGUCAUAUGGCGGAGGAUUUGAACAUUCCUUGGGUGUCGUUUUGGAGUGCCGGAGCUUGUUCUCUGUCGGCACAUUUUUACACUGACCUCAUUAGAGAAAAAGGUGCUGAACUCAAAGGCAAUUCAUUAGCGCCUGACAACGAAGUGGAUGACUUGAUCCCUGGACUCUCGACGAUUCGACUAGGCGACUUACCAGGUGGAGUCCUCUUUGGACACCUCGACUCACCAUUUUCAACCAUGCUACAUAACAUGGGAAGAACCCUAGACAAAGCCACCGUUGUUCUCGUAAAUUCAUUUCAAGGACUAGACAUUGAUCUCACCAAAAACCUCUCUUCAAAACUCAAGAGCCUUCUCAGCAUUGGUCCCUUCCAUCUCAUCUGCAAACAAAAACCAUCGUCCAAAUUUGAUGAAUUUUCAUGCAGUUCUUGGUUAGAUAAUCAAAAGCCAAGAUCAGUGGCCUACAUCUCGUUUGGCACAAUCGGCCGGCUUCAGCCAGAUGAGAUAGUCGCUUUGGCUGAAACACUUGAAGAGACCAAAACCCCGUUUCUUUGGUCACUAAACAAAGAUUCCAUGAAGCUUUUACCAGAUGGGUUCUUGGAGAGAACAACUGCGAAUGGAUUCGGGAAAGUUGUAUCAUGGGCACCACAGGUACAAGUCUUGGAGCAUAUCGCAAUAAGUGUGUUUUUAACACAUGGUGGAUGGAAGUCUGUAUCGGAGAGCAUUGGAGCUGGUGUUCCAAUGAUAUGUAGGCCGGUUUUCGGAGAUCAACAGAUGAAUACUUGGAUGGUUGAGAGAGUUUGGGGGAUAGGAGUGAGAAUUGAAGGCGGGAAAUUCACGAAAGAUGGAACUCGUUGUGCUCUUGAACAUAUAUUAUCGUUCAAUGAAUCGUCGAAAAAGAUGAAGGAGAGGAUUGAAGCGUUGAAAGGGCUUGCCCACCAGGCUGUUGGACCGAACGGGAGUUCUAAUCAAAAUUUCAGGACUUUAGUGGGUGUGGUCACUGGUGCCACCCUCUGAUUUACUAUCUUGGAGCAUUAUAAUGAAUUGAAGUUGUGAAACUCAUUACAUUAAUCUCUCUAUAGUUUCUAGUUUUAAUCGUGGUUUUUUUUUAGGAUUUUAUUUAGAUAUAAUAAAUUAUUAUUAUGUAACCGAGGCAAUACCAAGAUCAUCCGUAAUGCAUUGAACUCUUGGAUUU